GAAUAUGUGCAUAUAUGUUGGAAAAUAUAUGUGGCAUAGAUAAAAAACAUAUAUGUUGAUAUAUUUUCUUACUGUGUGGGCUAAGUUUAGGAGUUUUUUUUGUGGUAUGUAAUCAAGUACUAUAAACUUAAAAGUUCUUUAACAACGGUCAGAUAAAUGAGGAUUUUGCUCAAAGACUAUUUGUAGGAGCCAAAUUGGUUACCGGUAUUUUCUUUGUUCACAAGAGUUGUAUGCAUUUCUGCCAGUAGGUGGCAGUAUCUAUUUUAGGCCAUGGUUUGUAUCUAUAUAGGGAGGUGGGUUAAUCAGGGUAGUGGUGCACGCUGGGGAAUCCACACGGUUUUUGACCGUGCCAUGGUGUAACUUCUCAGGUUCAGAAAUAAUACGUUAUGGUGAAAGUGAGUACCUUUGAGUUUAUUGUAUGUAGACAAAAUAAAUCUGGAGUACAAUCAGCAGUGUUUGGACAUUGGCUGUGUUAUCCAUAUGCACCUGCAUACACCUACACUGGCACGCGUACAAGCCAGUUAAACAACCAGCGUGCGCGGAUAGUGACAAAGGGCCACUAUACUAUUAAAUGUUCUAUUUCAAUAGCAUAUGUCAAAACAAGGUCAAGAGGGUGAUUAAAACAGUGAGUGGGUUCAUGUACACACUGACAGAAGCCGAUUGAAUCUAAUAGAGAGAUAAAUGCUGUGCAAAGACUAUCGUUAUCAUUGUCCACAUGGAUAUUGAAAUUGCCCACAAUAAUUACUUGAUUUGAUUUGAGGACUAGACUGAGACUAGAUAGAAACUCUGAAAAUUCCAGCAGAAAUUUAGAGGAGCGCGGUACACUACAACAACAAAAAUUGGUUGUACUAUUUUCCAGGUUGAGUGUGAAGGACUAAGAAUGAGGCUUUCGAAUGAAUGGUAGUUGACUUUAGAAAAGCCUCUGAGUUACCAGUUCAUUUGCUUUAUAAUCCACACCUACAGUCAUGAGGUUUUGGUGGUGACUAAAUGAAUGAGAGCAAUGAUCCAAACAGCUGAACUGAGUUCUACAGUGUGGCUUUGGUCAGGUUAUGGAAGUUAGACCUCUGAAGGGAGCUGGGAGUACAGCACCUGCUCCUUCACCUUGAAAGGAACCAGUUGAGUGUUUUUUGGAGUGUGUCCAACUCAUAGGGGACCCAGAACACAUUACCUAGAAAGACCUAGAAAACAUUUCUUGAGAUAAUAACAUCAAGUUUACACUGCUUACCAUGCUGCCACCUUGCUGUGGCAGUCUGCUCUGCUGCGCCCGUAACAAUACUACCUUGGAGUAUACUCCAGUAUAUUCUACUGCAACAAGAUGAGAAGUUAAAUCACUGGUGGUCAGCAAAAAGAAGAUUUCUAGCUGCUGACAAAUUAAGCUUUAAAGGAGUCUAAUGUACAAAGCUCCAAACAUGAUUAUUUUCUACCUUCUAGAAAAGUGAUUUUAAAAGAGGUUUUCAUGACUAUGAUUAUGUAAGUGCCAUGCGCACAUGCAGGGAGUCAUCAAAUUGACGUAUAACAAAUGCUCCUCCCUUGACCUUGAUAUGCUAAUGAGCACAGGAUAAUAACUCUAAUCUGAGUUUACUGCUCAGUGGCAAAGAGAUCAAGAGCUCCUGUCAAACAGAUGCACGAACCAAACAGGUAUGACAUGAAACAUAGAGAGCACAGAAUUAGCAAAUCUCUUUAAGAUUUUCUACAAUGAAAACAGAUAUUGUCAAUUUUCUUCAUGUAAUUGCAAAUGUUCUUAAUGAUCACUUAUGCAUGGAAAUUCUUUGUCAACAGGUCUGAUGUUGUUUUUGAGGAAAAACAUCUCUGUAACGAAUCAGCAAAUUUAUCUGACAUGAGAGCAGUCACCACCACGUAUUUACUGUGUGUUUUUGUUGGCUCUUUAUCAGUCCUUAUCAUGUGUGGAAAUCUUCUGUUAAUAACCUCCAUUGUUUACUUCAAACAGCUUCAUACUCCGACAAACUAUCUCAUCCUCUCUCUCGCUGUAGCUGACCUGCUUGUUGGUGUUUUAGUUUUGCCAUUUAGCACAAUACUAUCUGUAAGCUCUUGUUUUUAUCUUCAAGAUUCACUUUGUAAGGUACGAGGCAGUUUUGAUAUAUUUCUGUGCACAUCUUCUAUUUUGAACUUGUGUUUUAUUUCUGUUGACAGAUACUAUGCUGUGUGUCAGCCUCUGAGGUACAAAGCUAAGAUAAAUGUCCGUGUUAUUAUGAUCAUGAUCCUGGUGAGCUGGACUGUUCCUGCUCUAAAUGGAAUUAGUGUCACAGUUUUGGGAGUGAACCAAGAACAAACCAACAAAGGGUGUGUUUUGUUUCAAAAUGUAAAAUUUGCCAUUAUAGGAGCUGGCUUUGGUUUUUUUCUCCCAGGUCUCAUUAUGUCCAUGAUUUACCUAAAGAUUUUGGUGGUGGCACAGAGACAGGCACGCAGCAUUCAGAACAAUAUCUCUUUUGGCAUAAAGCCUGGAGCAACUGUCAGUAAGAUGGAGAGAAAGGCCACCAAAACUCUGGCUAUUGUAAUGGGAAUUUUUCUCAUCUGUUGGACUCCCUUCUUUCUGUGUAUGACUUUUAACCCUUUGAGUGGCUACACAAUACCAGUUGCUGUGAUUGCAGCUUUUAAAUGGCUUGGAUGGUCAAAUUCAAUGCUCAAUCCAUUUGUUUAUGCCUUCUUCUACAGCUGGUUUCGAUCAGCUUUUAGAAUGAUUAUUUCUGGGAAGAUAUUUCAAGGUAAUUUUACUAACUGUAAGCUCUUUUGACUCAUUAUAUACAGUUCAGUCAUCAGUUCUUUGGCACUAAAGAUUUUCUUCUUUUCCUCUGCAAGAGAUGAAAAUGUCACUGUACUAUGUGAACUACAUUAAAAAUCUGUAUGUACAACUUCAUGCACAGCAAGCAUUGCAUUACAUAGUUAACAGUGUCUACUCUAAUAUUACCUCUAUAUCUUUUGUCUUCAAGUCUUUAUGUCUGAUUGUCUAAUGUAUGCUACAUCUGCAUGUUGAAUGCAGGAGAACAUUUCUGCAUUUCUGUCAUGCAUACACAGAUCGUGGAAUGAUGAACUGAAUUGUCUCUUACAAUAGCUUUCAGUCAAUGUAUUGAUCAUUUUGUUUUGGCUGUAGAUGACAAUGGAAUUAAAAGAAUAGAUGGAAGUGCCAUCAUUCUGAAAGAUAAUAAUAAUAAAGUAAGAAAUAAAUAAAGUAGUAAAAUAAAGUAGGAUAACUGCUAUAAUGUUGAAUAAGAAUUUUUCAUUUACAGUAUGCUGUAAAUAAAUAAUUUUAAUAGUGCUGCAUUGUCAACAACAUUAUGAAGAUGAUAACUUAGUGGUCUCACUGUACAAGUUAGAGUUAUAUCUGUGUUUGUCCUGUUUCUGUUUUAAUGAUAAGAAAAUUAAUUAAUGGAUGUAUACUUUAUUAUCCGUUAUCAUUAAAACACUUUUCAUUGAGGUUAAUAAGUCCUCAUUCUGUUUCAACUUUGAUACUUUUGAAAAUUCUUUGAAUCCAAAACUAAGCAAAGAAAAUGUCAGUUUUCAUGGCUCAUGAUGAUCUGUGUCCACAGUGCAGUAUGUGUACCUUAACAAUGUGAAGUCUUGAGUGGAGACUCGCAUUGCCUUUGUGAGUUCUGUUUCACAAUGAUUAAAUGAGGGAUGGAAAUAGUGGCCUAUUAGAAAAAUUUUUUCAAGUAAAAGUGAAAUUUAUUUCAAAAAUUUUUACUCACUUUAGGUCAGUUAAAUUGUACCCUGAGUACUGUGUUGCAUUGUUGAAAUCAAAGAAAAGUGAAAAACAAGAUUCAGUAUGAAGAUUUUAAGUGAUGAAUUAAAGAAAAUAGCUAUGAUUCAAAAUAAAAAGUUUUCAAAUGAUCACCUUCAGUUGUCACAAUGUUUACAGUUCAGACUACAGGGCACUUUUGUCCAAACCAGAAAUACAUUCCUUUUUUAUAGAAGGGCACCAUGCAACUCAUCCACACAUCUGAUAACCCCUUAUACAACUGCUUUCUUCAGUAUAGCCUUAGAAUUAACUAGAAAACGAGACAAAUCUCACACAAAGAAACACUGCAGGUCAAAGAGCUAUGGUUUAUGGCCACGUAAGGCAGCUACCCAGUGAAGAUUUUCCUUCAUCACAAGUACACAUACUGGCACAUUUGACUCAAUGAUACUCUGACUUGUUACUUAUUAAAGAACAUCUGUACUGGAUACUUGUUUCAGUCAAGUACUCAUUCAACCCUACUGCCAACUAUAACAAUGAGCCUGUAUAGAGUCAUAUACCCUUUUCACAAUAGAAAAAAUCCAUUUAAACCAACUAACAACUAAGUAACUGAAUUUUGUCUUCAGUGGGAAAGUGACAUUCAUUGAAGUUUCAGAUGUUUCCCAUCAUUCUCCAUUUAACUAGUACUUAAACAUAAUUCAGCAGUAAGCUUGAAAGAAAGACUGAAGUAAAAGACAUAAAGAAGUAACCACUUUCACAUUGUCACUAGCCUCAUGCUGCUUUCUACUGUUCCCUGUUUUCCAGCAUGACACGCAGCUGUCAAUGAAAAGUACUCGGUUGCCAGCACCUGAAAAAGACUCAAGUCCAAGCUAAUUGAUGGGAAAAAAAGUCUAUAUUGUUGUAGUUUUUAUUGGAAAGUGUGUUGUUCUUAACAUCUAGCAGCAUCUUAAAGAAUAGUAAUCAUCAAAAUAGUUAAAUCCUUUGCAGUUGGGUAGUAUUAUGUUAUAUUUCAUAUAGGCUAGACUUUCAUAUAGGGACAUAUAGGCUACAUGGUAGAGGGGUAGAUCCUGGUAAAAUCUGUGCAGUUGCAGACUCGCCCAGGCCUCUUCGCUUUUCUAAUUUUUGUAUGUUCCUCCGAGUGGUAACAUUAGUGUGGCUCUCGGGGAGCUACGUGACCACAUCUGUGAGCUCCAAAACAAGCACCCGGAGGCAUUGGUAAUGGUAUCAUGGUAAUGGGGGACUUUAAUCACUCUAAGCUGACGGACACUCUACCUCAGUUUUACAAGCAUGUCUCCAUAGCAAUCAGGGGAAACAGCACGUUAGAUCAGGCAUACACCAACAGACGGUACUGCUUAGGCUAACCUCC